AUGGCUUCGUCAGAGUACAAUUAUGACGAGGAAGGUGAGACCUGGCCAUUCUUUGUCUUGGCAUUGUUGAGCUUUGUCUUGAUACCUUUCACCAUUAGGUAUGCAACCAGGUUGACCGCUUCUGAUCCCGCAAAGGUGAAUGCUAAUGUCGUGGGUUCAAUCAAAGAAAAUGCAGAAACAGUAGAAGUCCCCACUUUAAAGAGCCUCAAUGAGUAUAAGAAGAAGCAAAGCUCUCUGAGGAUCUUCAACAAAACCCUUUUGGUGUUGAUUAUUGGUUGGAGUGCAGUCUUUGUCAUUGGCAAGUACUUGACCAAGGAGACGGAUAUGUCAGGCUUGUUCGAUCCUUACACCAUAUUGGACGUCUCAUUCACAGCUAGUGAGAGGGAGAUAAAAAGUCAUUACAGAAAGUUGUCUUUGAAAUACCAUCCUGAUAAAUUGCCAAGAGAUCUUACAGAAGAAGCAAGAUUGAAAAUGGAACAAGAGUACAUCAGGUUGACCAGUGCUUAUAAGGCAUUAACUGACGAAACUACAAGGGAAAAUUUCAUCAAGUACGGACAUCCAGAUGGUGAGCAACCAACGACUCAUGGUAUUGCCCUCCCUAAAUUCCUUGUCGAAGGAAAAUAUUCAUCCUUGGUUGUGAUUUUUUACUUUGCUCUCAUUGGGGUUUUGUUGCCAUUGGUUGUUGGUAAAUGGUGGAACAAUGUUAAGAAUUAUACAAAGCAAGGGUUACAUGUCAAGACCGCCGCUAGUAUUGUUCGCAAAUUUGCAGAUAAGGACCCAGCAAAAGUUUUCACUCCUGAUGUGAUCCUUGAACAUGUUUUGGACAGUCAAGAUGUUGAUAAUCUUUUGCCCGACUUGUCUUUGCAAGAAAGAAAGGAGUUGGUGUAUGAACAUUUCAAUCGUCAUGUUUCUAGCGAUGCAAAGAGAGAAAAGAACAAGACUGAGUUGAUUGCAAUUUUGCCGCUUUUGAUUGAUGGUCUUGUUGAUAUAGCUCUUGUGUUCAGAUUACAGGAUGCGGUUAUUGCUGCAGAGGAUUUGAAAAAGGCUGUUUUGCAAGCUGUUAGUCCAAAUGGCAAAUAUCAAGAGCUUUUGCAAUUGCCAUUUGUCGACGAGGAUGUAGUCAAGGCACAACCAGUGAAGAAGCUUGGGAAGAUUUUUGCGCUAGAGCAAGCUGAGGCUCAAAAGGUAUUGGGAAUCAAAGAUGACGACAAGUUUAAACGAACCAUGUCUGUUGCUGCUCUGAUCCCAUCGCUUAGGAUCAUUGAGGCCGAGGUCAAAGUUCCAGGAGAAGAGACUGUGACCCCCAAUUCCAAUGGGCACAUUUCCGUCAAAUUUCUUGUAAAAUCACCAAGGUUGAAAUCUUGUCCUGAAAUUGACGAUGACAGAUUGCAAGAUGAAGAGACGUUGGAGUAUAUGAAAAAUCCAUUCAGUGUGAAUGACUUGGCACCGAAAUUACCUUAUGCUUUUACGCCUUAUUUCCCUCAACCAGUUCGUUGUAGCUGGACAUGUUACGUCAUUGCGCAAAGAGAAAACAAGUUGGUGGAAAAUAGCAAAGCAUACGUUUUGGAGAAUGUUAACCUUUCAAAUUUGAACUUAACACAAGAAGAGUGGAUAGAUGGUAAAAAGGUUGUUGUCAGUACUUUCAAGAUUCCCUUGCCUGCCGCUGUGGGCAACGUUGGCACAUACUACUACAGAUUGAUAAUGAAGAGUAACGCAUAUUAUGGGUCAGAUGUCGAUGUUCCAGUUGAUUUGGAGGUUGUUGCACCAUCACCAGAAAAGAGUUUGGCAGGAGUCAAGAAGUUGAUGGAAAAAAGCAAGAGAGAGAAAGCAGGUGAUUCAGACGAAGAAGAGGAUGAAGAUUCGGAAAGUGAUAUUUCAGACCCCGAGGAGGAUAGUUUGGCAGGCGCUCUUGCAGCAUUAAGAGGAGAAACAACGUCAAAGAAGUCAGGUAAAGUUGAGGAAGUUGACGAUGAGGAGGAAGAAGAUGAAGAUGUGUUUACCGAUAUCAAUACCGAUACAGAAGAUGAAGCAGAAUAA